AUGGAGGACGACGAACUGCAAGCAAUUCGUGCUGCUCGUAUGGCCGAACUCAGAGGGAGUGGCGCUGGGGGCGCCGGCUCCAGCUCUGGAGGUUCAAUCGGUCCAGGUGGCUUCGGAGCACCACAAGGCGGAUCCGGUGGAGCAUCCGGUAAAAGUCAGGAAGACCAAGCAGCACAACAGGAAGAGAUGAAGCGUCAAAUGCUCAGCCGCAUUCUCGAUGCUGAGGCGAGAGAACGAUUGUCGAGAAUCGGCCUUGUCAAGCCGCAAAAGGCAAGACAGAUCACCGACCUGCUCAUCCGUAUGGCUCAAUCAGGUCAGAUCCGAGGCAGAAUCACCGAAGAUCAACUCAUCGGUCUCCUCGACCAAGUGGACCAGGCUUCUUCCGCUGACUCAGGUGCAGGAAAGAUCACUUUCACUAGGAAAAAAAUCGUCCAGGACGACGAAGACAGCGACUUUGACUUGUAG